AUGGCUUGGCAAAGGAACACACUGCUUUUGUUCCUGGCUUGGCCUUGCUUUGCAUUGCCUGCAGCGGGAUUGGAGCGGGUUUCAGAAGAGGCAACCUUUUCCCACCACAACCUUGACACAGAGGAUGAUUAUACCGAAGACAGAGCUGUAGUACAACUUGGAGACCCCGCCAAUUUUGAUUCUAAAGCUGACCGUGAAUUCCAGGUGCAAUUUGAGGAGGUGCCAGAUGCAAAAAAGUGGGUCUCCGUUACCAACGCAGCCCCAGUCAGUGUAGCAGUUCUGUGCAGUGUGGAUCAGUUUGAAGUCACACUGCCAGCUGGUCCAAUGAGUGAAGUCAAAAUUUUGGGUGAGUUAUUUUAUUUAUAGGCUUAUAGAAUUAUCAAAUGCAGUUUGGGUACUUUGCUCAUGCUCAACUUUCCCUACAGGCUCCAACAGUAUGCUCCCUGUUCUUGAAGCCCCAGAAUCCUGUGGAUACUCAUUAAGUCGAGGACAAUACCAGAACACCUUAACUGUCCGCUUUUCAGGCUGCCUUGUCAGUCUUCAGGUAAGGUCUUUGCCCUCUUUCCACUUUGAAAUGAUACACUUUAAUUUUGUAAAUGUGCCAUUGGAGUGACUGUUGCACAUUUCUUGCCACACUGACUCUCUGCAGGCUGGGUGGUACACCUUGAUGGUGUUGUUUGUCAAUGAAGCUGGCAUAAUGGAUGUUUCUACAGUGUCCUGUGCGUCUAGCCCCGUGUCCUCGACCGUAAACCUGCCCCUCUCUGGUCUUCCCAAUGCCCGUGCUGGGCCUCCUUCUUCAAAGUGUUUUAUUGCCACCCCUCAAGAUCCCCCCACGUCUCCUGGUGAGUCUCAUGCAAUGUUCUGGGCCUAGUUUCCCAAAAGCAUCUUAAGGUUAUGUUCAUUGUUAGAACUUUCGUAGGAGGCGUGUUAAAUCUCUGAGCUGUUUCCCAAAACAUCGUUAUUAUGGUUGCACUUAAACGCUGAUAAUUUAAUGCCUACCCCAGACCACUAGAAUAGUUAAGUGCGUCUUUAGAUGCUUUAUUUGCCGUCCUGCAUCACUUUAUACACAAUCACAUGGUUUGUUUCUUUGUGACUGCAGAUAACUUUAGAACAAACUUGCUUAUGUCUUUGCAAGUGAAUCAAGGACUGCAUUAAAAUAUAAAUUGUAAGCUAUUCAUAUUGAAAUGCAUUUAAUUUUCAAUAAUCUUAGUUUAGCUACUGUCUUUUUCAUGGUGUGUAGCCUAAUGUGUUCAAUGAUAUGACAAAUGUUUAUUAUAUUUUUUGGGGGGGAUAAGCAUUAGAAUAAGUCACAAUAUCUGCAUCCGUAGGCGGUAAUGUAUCUAGAAGCUGAUCCGAGCGCAACGCUCCCUUCCUUUCGAUCCUAUCAGUAUCGACACAUGCUCCGAUGACUCACUUAGCUAACGUGUUUUCGGGAAACUCAUGUUACAUCUUCGUCCAUUGUAGGAAAGAUGUUAACACUCCUAAACCUAAAUUCCAUCUGGGAAAUUGGGCUCUUCAAGUGUCUAAAAUGAUCCAUGAUCUCCUAGUUUCCUCACCAUCGAGCUGCAAGAACUGACCAUGCCUUGGCCCGGUUCUUUAUCAGUGGCAUUUAGGCUUGAGUGUUUUAAUGAUGGAUCUUUCCUACAACUGCCGACGAUGUAACAUGCGUUUCCCCCAACGCAGAGAGAAUGGUAGUGUUGUCUGCUAACAUUCUGCUAAUUAUGCUGUGGAGAACAAGGAGUCCGCAUACACUGUACUUUGAUUAUAAAGGUUUAUUUAUAUCAAAGGGUUACAGCUUCAAUUUACAGAUAUCUGCAGACAUCCGGAGAACAGACGACCCAAAUUCUAAAUGUGCUAUUCUCCCCGUCCUUUGUCCCAAACCAUAGUAUAUAUCCUAUGUAAUCUGAUAUGGGUGUUUUCCCCUACAGACCACUCCCAGGAGGCCACCUAACAGACUUCCUCUGCUUUAGGGUGCCCCUCUAAAACUGCUCCCCAGAUGCUUCCCUAAGCUGAAUCAACAUCCUCUAAGCUACCAUUUGCCAACGUUAACAAAGUCAUAAAUUCCUUAGAUACCACAGUAGCUAAGUGCAUCAUUGGAGCAUAUGUCAAUACGGAUAGGAUUGAAAGGGAGCGCUGCUCCGCUUUCUCCAUUCAAAUCUGAAGUUGAUGUAUACUGACGACUAAUCAGCUCCUAGAAAUUAUCACCUUCAUGGCUGCAAAUAUUGAGGUGGCUUACCCUAUAUUGCUCUAAAUCAGAUUUGGCACAUAUUACAUGACUCUAGCAUACAAUCAGCAAAAUGGAAUUCGAUUGACCAACUUGAAGUUGAUAUGAUUGGAAUAUAGCCCACUUUUUUUUUUUAUGCAGUCACCCCGUUCAUUUGAAGUUGGCUUUUAUACUUUGCUUGUUUGUAACAAUUGCAAAGACAAGGUCACAAACAUUUUUUUAAACUGCUUGAUUUUUAUGUUUUAGGAGAUUGUGUGCUGUGGAAGGGCAAACGCAUCUAACACUUAGCUGUUCUAGUGGUCUGAGGCAGUCAGUAAAUUAUCAUUUUCAAGUAACUUUAGUGAUGGUUUUGUGCAACUGCUCCGAUUUAACAAUGCUCCUACGACGGUUCUAACGAUUAACUUAGCCUUCAUUUGAGUCUUUGAAACGGGGCCCUGGUCAUUCUGACCAGUUCAGAGGCUCUAUUGAAACUUAUAUUUUCCAAAUUGUGAGAACAUCUACUCCAGUGCCUCAGAUGGACUUCUGGUCAUUUGAGUCUUUACAGCUAUUACUGAACCAAUAUAAACGCAGCAAUUUUACUGAGUUACAGUUCAUAUAAGGAAAUCAGUCACUUGAAAUUGAUUCAUUAGGUCCUAAUCUAUGGAUUGCACAUGACUGGGCAGGGGUGCAGUCAUGGGAGGGCAUAGGCCCAUCCACUGGGGAGCCAGGCCCAGCCAAUCAGAAUGAGGUUUUCCCCACAAGCGCUUUAUUACAGACAAAUACUCCUCAGUUUCAUCUGCUAUCCGGGUGGCUGGUCUCAGAUGAUCCCGCAGGUGAUGAAGCCGGAUGUGGAGGUCCUAGGCUGGUGCGGUUACACCUGGUCUGUGGUUGUGAGGCAGGUUGGACAUACUGCCUAAAACGAUGGUGGCUCAUGGUAGAGAAAUUAACAUUACAUUCUUUGGGAACAACUAUGGUGACCAUUCCUGCAGUCAGCAUGCCAAUUACAGGCUCCCUUGACUUGAGACAUCUGUGGCAUUGUGUUGUGACAACAGUACAUUUUUUGUGGCCUUUUAUUGUACCCAGCACAAGGUGCACCUGUUUAAUCAGCUUCUUGAUAUGCCACACCUGACAGUUGGAUGGAGUAUAUCGGCAAAGGAGAAAUGCUAAGUAACAGGGAUGUAAACAAAUUUGUGCAUAACAUUUGAGAGAAAUUAGCUUUUUGUACAAAUAUAAAAUUUCUGGGAUCUUCUGCUCAUGAAACAUUGGACCAACACUUUACAUGAUGUGUUUUAUAUUUUUAUUCAGUAUAAUUAGGUGGCUACUGAUCCUCAGGAAAUGCCACUUACAACGGUUUUUGUAUUUCAGGCUGCAGUAUUCCCCAGAACCAGCACGUGGCUUGUGGUUCCACUGGAAUCUCGUCCUCCCAGUGUUUGGUGAUGGGUUGCUGUGUGGAUUUGGCCACUUCCACCUGCUUCUACCCAAUGGAUGGUAAAUACUCCCAUUUCACACAGCAAGAUUAUGUUUGAUUUUGAAUAGUGAGGACUGAUGUGUAUUGCUCUCCCUUCCCAGAAUGCACUGCAGACAAACAGUUUGUCUUUGCCGUUCACCAUGACAUCACCACUUUCCCUGUGGAUCCCACCAAACUUGUAGUUGCUGGGAAGUCUAGCUGUGGCCCAGUCAUUGUCAAUGACAAGUUUGUGGUCUUCAAAUUCUCAGUCACUGAAUGUGGAACUCACUUUUAUGUAAGUGUACAAUCAUAUUAUGCCCUCCUAGUGUGGAUCCCGACAAUUACAUUCAUUGUUUUGCUCUUCAUUAGGAAAUUGGUGAGACUGUGAUCUACACAGCAGAGGUACAGACGGUCGUCCGAUCCCUUAACCUGAAAUAUGGCAUAAUCUCCAGAGACAACCCCCUCAGGUAAAUGGGCAUUGCUUAUUGGGCGAGUCCAGUUAGUCUGUCUUCAGUUUGGACUUUAAUGAACAUCUCCACAUCCCAGGGUUGUUAGACUCAAUGUCUACACCUUUUUUAAGAUCUACAUUUCUAUCUUUGCUACAUGCCUCUGUCCUAAUAUUCCUAUAUAUUGAGCUGAUUCACCAGUCCAUUAAUACACUGAGUUACUUAACUUAAGAUCUUAACUUCAAAUAUUGGUGUUGGAAAAUGACAUGUUCUUGGCACUUUGAGAAAGUAAUUUAAUCUCUCUAAUUGAGGAGUCAUUAAAUGCACCUGCUGAGAUUGACUAGUACCACAUGUCUGUCUCUAGAAUCAUGGUUGAGUGCCGCUACUCUAAAGCUCUGGGUACCCUGCCAGCAGUGGCGAGUGUGGGCUACAUGGUGAAAAGCCCCAGUUUCAGAUUCCCUUCAAAGGUGACAUCCAAGGGGCUGUUUGGCGUCCAACUCAGGAUUGCUGAAGGUAUCUGGCUGUUAACAUGCAAACACUCAAUUGCUGGAACAUAAUGGUCAACUGUCCCAUGCUGACAUUAAUCAUUGCUGAAUUUGGUGUAUGAAGACAAAAACCCAACCCCCUGACUUGCUAUUUUACCCCCACCAGACAAAACCUAUGCCAAGUACUACAAGCAGCACCAUCAGCCCCUCCGUCUCCUCCUGGGCAAACUUGUGUAUCUAGAAGUACGUCUGACUUCUCCAAAGCCAGAGGCAACACUCUUGGUCAACUACUGUCUAGCUUACCCCCGCUCUGCCAAGAAUGUUCUGGUGCUCGUUCACGAAGGGUAAGCACUGCAAUGACUUGGUGUGUGACUAAUUUGCCUAAUGUUGUACUGCAGAUUGUGUAUUGGUGGGCUACCUUGCUCUUGAAGCACCAUUGCAUGUUACUAUAGAGGCUGAAACUCUGGCUUGGCUGGACUCUCUAAUGUUCCCUUGAUUUUGGCAUUAAGGCCCUUUAUCUAUUUACCCAGAGUCAGAUUAACUUGUGGAUACUUUGUCUGUGAAUGCAGUUUGAAGGAAAUUGCUAACUAGCUUUAGCACAGUGAUGAAGUCUAUAGGUAUCUGCUAGCAUUGGCUCAUGACACUACUGGACACAUAGGCAGACAAAUGGUAUCCAAGUUCAUCUGACUCGGAAGUAGAUAAAGGGCCUCAUUGCCAAAAUCCUGAAGUAUCCCUUGAAUUAUGGUGUGGAAGAAACUUUGCCCCAUCCAAUGUGUCGCCCUUUCCCUAGCCAAAGCAUGACCGACAUUUAGGCCAGAACUCCUUAUACCAAGGGUAUUCAACUCUUACCCUACGAGGUCCAGAGCCUUCUAGUUUUCUGUUCUACCUGAGAAUUAAUUACACCCACCUGGUGUCCCAGGUCUAAAUCAAUGCCUGAUUAGUGGAACUAGGGGGGGGGGGGCUGAGAUCCAGAGUUUAGUUUGAGGGCCUUACACUGUGAAGAUUUAGUUGUCAUUGAGUUCUCUUGCUCAAUUUCUCCCCUCUAGGUGCGCCAACCCUCAGGACCCCAGAAUCUCCAUCCUUAAAUUCAGCAACCUGCCACAGAAGCGCCACCAGCGUCGCUUCAUGGUCCAAGCAUUCCAGUUCAUGGAUCAACACACCAACAAGUAUCUGGAUGAGGAGGUGAGGAAGCAGAAUUGGGACUGGGAUUUGCAUCUUGAUUCCCUGCAUUGGUGUAUGUCACAUGGCAAAUUAGGCUUUUUAUUUGUGAGCUGCACAAAGUCUGUCGCAACAAGCUUAGUUGGUAUUGAGUCCCACUUCAUUCCUCCCCACCAGAUCUACUUCAUGUGCUCUACUGAAGUGUGUAUGCCUACAGAAAAAACCUGUGAAGAGCGCUGCUUUGAUGGAAUUAGG